AAGGGGUUUGGCCUUUUCAAUACGACGACGCUCGCUCCAUUCUCGACUGGAUCUGCUCCAGUCUCCGCUUCUGUCUCUCGCUCUCUCUCUCUCUCUCUUUUUCAAUUUUCCAUUUCAAUGAGGGUUUCUUAUUUUCGUUUACUUUAAAUCACAGGCGUGAGCAAUUUUCCACUGAAUUUGAAUGUUUUGGGUGAUUACAGGGAGAGAGGACUUGGACUUUGCUUUUGAUGAUAAUAGCAUUUCUGCCUUUUUCUGCUAGACCAGGAAGGAAGCACCUUUUUGGCGUUGAAGAAAGAUAUUGGGGUUGCAACUUUGGCAUAUAAAGCUGAAGCUCUAGAGUUGCAGAAACAGCUCAGGCAUAUUCAGUCUCAAUUUGAUAUGCACACUGGCCAGGCUUCGUCUUUAAUCCAAGGGAGACGGGCACAGGUUGCUGCAACAUCUACUGUCAAUGGACACCUUACAGAUCUAGAUGAUAGUCUUUCAGCGAGAAAUUUAGAGGCAUCUGCAUUUUGGAGGAGCAUGAACACAGCUGAAGCUGAAGAUGAAGCUGAUGAUCCUGGUGCUUUGGCUGCAGUUGGCUGUUUUCGUGCCAUUAGCACAAUUCUUGAAUCAGUGAGCAGGCUUCCUCAACUUUUUGUCCAAGUUGAACCAAAAUUGGUCCCUAUAAUGCGUAGAAUGUUAACAAUUGAUGGCCAAGGUUUUGCUGCCAAAGAGGAUGGGCGGGCCUUGUAUAUGUUGUUAUCAAUAACUCUCAUGGGUAUUUAAUUUGAUUGUGUAUUAUGUAUUCUGUUUAUAUUGGAUUCCUUAUCUUCUUGAGUGUUUGCGGUUGACAGUUGUUUAAAGGAUUGGUAUUUCUGCUACUUCGUAUGGGUAUGUACAGGGUUUCUGUAUCCUGCCCUUGUGCCUUCACAUGACCUUGUGUAUGCUUCCGAAGGCAGCUCAGGUUCAUGUGCACCAUAGUGGUAUGAUUUCUGCCUAUGAUCUGUAUGAACUAUUUAUGUACGCAGUGGUAUGUCUAUUCACUUUGCACUAAAAAGAAUAGAACACUAGGUUAGUUGUUUAUAUCUUUCCAGUUUUAAGCAAGUCUGUAAACAACUAGAUUUAUUAAUCUAUCCCUUAAUAUGGGCUGCUUAUUUUUUCCUUUUUUA